CAGACGUCUGCAAAUCCGGAAACAAUGCACGUGUCAGUAAUAUGCCCUCUGUGUUUUCUGUCUCGCAGAUCAUGAAUGGUUUUGGGGCGCUAGGGUUCCCUCAUUGUGUGGGGGCGGUAGAUGGAACCCACAUUUCUAUCCAAUGCCCAAUAAGGCAAGCCUCAGAAUAUAUAAACAGGAAGGAUGAGUACUCCAUGAUUCUGCAGAGGACGUGCGACCACAGAGGCCGGUUCAUCAAUGCGGAAAUAGGAUGGAGCGGCAAGAGCCAUGAUGCCUACAUCUUUGCCAACUCAGCCCUCUGUGAGACAAUGGAUGCAGGUCUCUUCGUGCCUACCCAUCUCACCAUCAGAUUGCGGGGGCAGCAGAUCCCACCCCUCAUUGUGGCGGAUGGCACGUACCCUUUGCGCGAGUGGCUGAUGAAACCCUAUGGUGGGGCAGUCACUCCACAGCAAGCCCACUUCAAUCGCUGUCUUAGGCGAGCACGCCUUGUGGUGGAGCAGGAGUUCGGGCGACUCAAGGGGAGGUGGCGGAGCAUAGGCGUGCGCCUGGAGCUGGCGGAAGAAAACAUCCCCCCAGUCAUCAGUGCUUUUGUCAUCCUGCACAACAUCUGCAAAACCAAGGGGCAUGCCAUGCUCGUGGAGGCGGCGGAGCACAAUGCUGUUGAGCUGGCUACUCUGGGUGAGCCCUACGUCAAUGAGGCCAAUCGCCACACCCGGGAAGGGCACAAGGUGCGGGAUGCCAUCAAAGACUUCCUGUGGGCUAACCGCCGCUGACAGCCUGUCUCCUCAAACUGGACUGUGCUUGUUCCCCUGUGCAGUCCUUCCAGUCCUUUACCCCAGUGUAACGUCCUCCGCACCACAUGUAUUCAAUAAAAACCAUUCAAACUGCACCACGUCUAAUCUUCCUGAGUCUCUGCUCAUUGGCAUCGGCCACUUAUUUGCGCAUGUACAAAAGUGCACAAUUCCAAAAAACGUCAAUGGGGCACGAACGUGAGGCCUACCCCGGUCAAGAUGGAGCCUCGGAGGGUCGCCUACUGGCAGGAGCCCGAGAUCAAGAUGCUCCUUGAGCUCCUCCUGCAGUCUGGGAGGGUGGAGCACCUCAUGAGGAACUCCAGCCUCCAGACUAUUGACAUUUUCAGGAGGGCUGCAAGGAGCCUCUCGAUCACGGGCUACUCCCGCACUGCUGAGCAGUGCCGGAGUAAAUUCAAAGGGCUAAAAGCGGCCUUCUUUGAGGCUCUCGAGUGCUACCGGGGUAGACCUCCCAGGAGAGCCCAGCCCCCCUUCUACCUCCAGCUGCAUGAGUUGUGGGAUCGGGCUGGGCGACCCUCAUGGCAGGAGCGGCGCCCAACAAGUAAGUGCACUUUGUUUCACUCUGCCCCAUCCCCCAGCAAUCCAGCCAUGCUGAAACUGCCCUGAACCACCUCGUAUAAGCAUUGCCCCUCUGUAUGCUGGUACCACUCAGGCUCAGCCCAGUGCCUUUUGCACCUUGUCAUUUCACCAUCCCAGCCAUGUAUUAUGCAUGUUGGCAGGCAGGUGGGAAGGCAACCCCCCAUCCUGGUUCCAUGUAGGCACUGGUCCCUAGAGCUGCUCACCACGCCCAUCCAAUGUGGCUCCCAAUGUGGCAUCACAUUGCACAAUGGAUGUUCUGCCCAGUGUUGUCCACUAACUGAUGCAUUCCUGCCUAUUGCCUUCACAGGGCCUCAGCGUCCGCACCUCCGUGCAGUGGUGGAGGAGGAGCCUGCGGCGGCGGAGGAGCACCCAGCACAGGAGGGCAGUGGUGAGGGAGCCCUGCCACGACACAGGCUCUGAACACCAGACCUCACGGCUGCCACCACUUCUUAUGGGGCGACACAGGCUCUGAACAACAGACCCGGCCGAGGCUACUCCCUGCUCAAGCCAAGCACCACCGCUUGAUACGCCUGAGGCAAGGGAUAAAAAACCACCUUCCUCCAAACUAUGUGGAGAAAGACGUUUAAAAUGGAGAAGGAUUUUAAUAUAUAUAAUAUAACGCACUGUGAGUUAUAUCUGCUUAGGUGAAUGAGCUGCUGUGCCCCCCACCCCAGUGGUCACUCCGGACCUCGUGCGGGCUAUCAACCGCAUGGGGGGGACCCUGCAGAGAACUAUGCGUUCCUUGGAACGGAGCGUCACCCGCCUGGAGCGGGAUGUCCAGGACCUGAAGAGAUCCUGCAGGCAGGAUGCUCAGGAUCGGCAGGACCCCUGACUGCGGCACUUACGUUGUUUUAUUUAAAAAGUUUUUCUAAAAAAAAGUUUAGACAAAAAUAAAUAAAAAGAAUUUAUAUUGUUUAAA